GUCAUCAAUACGAGCGGCCGCCGGCAGCUUUCGUAAAGGAGUAGGAGAGCGGCUAUGGCGAGUCCUGCUGCCGCUUCUGUGAGACCGCCCAGGCCCAAGAAAGAGCCGCAGACGCUGGUCAUCCCCAAGAAUGCGGCCGAGGAGCAGAAGCUCAAGCUGGAGCGGCUCAUGAAGAACCCGGACAAAGCAGUUCCAAUUCCAGAGAAAAUGAAUGAAUGGGCUCCUCGAGCGCCUCCAGAAUUUGUCCGAGAUGUCAUGGGUUCCAGUGCUGGGGCUGGCAGUGGAGAGUUCCACGUGUAUAGGCACCUACGGCGGAGAGAGUACCAGCGGCAGGACUACAUGGAUGCCAUGGCUGAGAAGCAAAAACUGGAUGCAGAGUUUCAGAAGAGACUAGAAAAGAAUAAAAUUGCUGCAGAGGAGCAGACUGCAAAGCGCCGGAAAAAGCGCCAGAAGUUAAAAGAGAAGAAGUUACUGGCAAAGAAGAUGAAACUUGAACAGAAGAAACAGAAGGAAGAACCCAGUCAGUGCCAGGAACAGCAUGCCAGCAGCUCUGACGAGGCAUCUGAAACAGAGGAGGAGGAAGAGGAGCCCAGCGUCGUCAUCAUGGGGCGAUGAGGAGUUUCAGCAGUCGUGAGCCCAGCUCAUUCUGUGACCAGCCUCAGAAGAGAAAUGGCUGUGUGUGACCAGCUGCUAGACUGGCUGUGUUGGGAGAAGGCAGGCACCUCCUGCAGCCCUGCCUGCCUGGGGAGCAGAGGGAGCAGACCUUAGACAUUUGCAGAUUGCAUUCUGUAUCCUGCCCUGCUCUUGCUGAAGGGGAGUGAGUGCUUCACCUUCCCCGGGUGCCGUUCCCUUCUGCUUGAACAGCAGUGAGCUCUGCGCUGGUUUCUGUGAAGGGAAUAUUUAUUUAGUAAAGAACAGAAAACCUGUAGGUCUUGUCCACACGUGCGAGAUGUUGAUUACCAAAGCCUCAGCGAAGCCAUCAAAUGACAGACACUGGGCCUUGAAAUGUGGCAGGUCCUGUUGUGCUUCACUCUGGGAAAGGCUUGCACUUGAGGUACACAGCCCUGCCAUUUACGGACCAGGAGAAUUCAGAGCUGCAGAUUUGUGCCCACCCAACCGUUCUCAAAACGAGUAUGAGCCAAUGGGGCCUUCAGCAGGCAGAAGGAGAGCGGUCCCAGGGAAAUGCAAGUGAUGAAAGAAAGCAGGAGUGUCCCAGAGUGGGAGGCGGACACUGAUACUGGCCAAAGCCUUAGACAGGGGAGAGGAACUGGAAAGAGUGGAACUCUUAGGUGUGGAAAGUCCUCCUGUCACCAGGAUUUGGAGGCAGCCAGUCUUGCACUUAGUGUCCUUGAGUGACUGGUUCAAGCCUGCUGUGUGUAGUGGCCCAGAGGGCAAGCAACACCCACAGAAUACUGAGGACCAGGCAUCAUGCCAGGGAGAAGAAAGGUGACCCAGGACUGCCUUGGUCCUCAGAGCCAUCGUGUCAGUGGGGCGGCAGGCAGUUUCUAGUUUGGGGGUCUGGAGUGUCUCCAGCUUCCAAGUGCGUUGUGUGUCUUUUAGGGAUGUUGGUAGCAUUUUGAGUGAAAGGAAAGCUAAGAAUAUAUCUUUUUAAGUUUUGUGGGUUUUUUCGACAGCUCAUAAAUGUUUACAGUGU